AUGAACUCCAUCUCACGCUCGUUGUCGACCUUUCUCUACCUAACUCUCGCUUUUUCCACCUUCGCUCACGCCGUCACCCUCCUCCCUUCCGCCGCAUCCGAUACUUUCCCGGAGUGUGGCUUGACCUGCACCACCUUCACGGAGGCCGAGACAGGAUGCGUCCCUCCCGCCGCCCCAGUCACCAACCAAGCGACCUAUGUUUCUUGCUUCUGCCAGUCGUCCCUGCUCACCACCUUCCGUUCCAGCGCUGAUGGCACCUGCGACACUACUUGCACGAAGGAAUCCGAUCGUAAGCUGCUACAGGAGUGGUACCUCAACUACUGCAAGACGGACGGCAGCUCGUCGGAUUCGUCCUCUACCACCAGUAAAAGUAGUGCCAAUUCAAGUUCCAACUCGACCUCUGCCGCCAGCACAGCGGAUGCGUCUACCGUUCCGAAAACCUGGUGGGAUGGCCAUUACCAAUGGAUAAUCAUGGUCAUUAUUCUUGCCAUCGGAUUCACUGCCAUCGCCGUUCUCGGAGUCUGGCUCAAACGCCGCCACGACGCCAAAUACCCCAAUCUCUACCACGCUGCCGCUUCGGGCGCAAGCAGUAGCAGCGUCUUCGCCAACCGAAAUCACGACUCCUCUGCCCCCGGUCCCGUGCCAGCUGCCGUCGCGGCCAAUCAACAGGAGCCCGCGAAUACGGAUUCCAUCGCUAGCAGCUCCCGAACGAUUGUUGCCAUGCCCAAGAUCCGAUCGAUUCGGGAGCCGUCGCGACUCCAGAAGACACCCCCGGAAGAGGACGAAAUUGAAGUGACAGAGGUUCCGCGAUGA